UUCAAUGGCCUGAACCUGAACCUUGCUCCCUGUGAGAGUUUCACAGUCUCAGGUGGAGUCCUGCUGUUUCAGGAAAUGAAGCUUUGCUCCAGUCCACACACCACAGCGGGAGCUCUCACACAGAUAACAACACUAGCAUGGCUGUUUCCUGGAAAUCACUGCCUAACCUCCUCUGCAUCUGUUUAUUACUGUGUGCAACUGGAGUGGUGUCACAAAAGUUCCAGCUGGAACCGCUUAACGCAACAGCGCUAAAAGGCUCUGAUGUGCAAUUCAACGCCACUGUGGAGGGAGUAUGGCAGGUCAUGGCCUGGAGUGUCGGAGGGUUGCUGGUCCUCACUGUGUCUUCCACCGGUGACAUAACAUCCUCAUCCCUUAAGCAAUAUUCUGCCAGAUUAUGCUCCAGUGGUGACAGCCGGUGUGUGGAGUUCACCAUCCAUAACGUCACCCGCAGGUACUCCGGCCCAGUCACCUGCACUGUGCAGGGAGAGUAUGGCUCAAAGACGGCGCACCUUUCUGUACAAGAGAGUGGAACGGUCAACAUCAUGGAAGGGAACGUGACAGUGAUGCAGGACGAGCAGGUGGAGUUCCGGUGCAUAACAUCUGCUUGGUUCCCCAUCCCCACAGUCAGCUGGACCCAGAAUGGUCAAGCUGUGAACAGCAACCUGUACAACACAACCAGCAUGGUUGAUGGGGAUUCCUUCAACUCCACCAGUGUCCUGAAUUUCCAGGCAGUCAGAAACACCACAGUGGAGUGUUGGGCGACUGUGCCCACGCUAACAAACCCACAAUCCAGCUCUGUCUUAUUGGUGGUUGUUCCCAAGCCUCCUGACUGGACUGUGCUGAUAGCUGUGGUCGUGUCUUUUACAAGUUUUGCUCUGCUGGUUUUGCUCAUCAUCGGAAUCAUCUUCUGCUACAAACGCAGGAAAGAAAAACAACGCAACUACCAAGAUGAAAUGAGCAGGAGAGUGAGGACACAGAGCCAGAUAAGUGGUGUCAGUGCAGCUGGACAGAGACAGGGUCAAGUGAACACAGGAUAUGUACCAGACGGUCAAACAAGUGUCACUGACAGUGGCUUUUCCCAGAUAAAUGGCUCCAAUACGUUUGAGAUGCCUAAUGCUGUGAACAGUAACCACGCAGGAAAUGCCUACAUUACUGUGGAUGAAUCAGGAGUCAGGAAACACAGACAUGUCACUAUUGUGUAAGGACAGACAGAGGACCAAGAAGUCUGGAACUGUUUGAGUUUUGGGACAAACUUGCACAGUACCUUGAAGUCUUACUGUGGUUUCUAAAGACUGGAGAAAUAUAGGCAGGAGGACUGAGUCUGCCGGGAACAAAGGCUGAUGUACUGCAGGGAUGUCGAGGCUGUUGGCAGAUGAGACAUAUAUAUGGGCCGUGCAUGUGGUUCACUGCCUAUCUAAAGCUGGAUCAGCAGCUGUUAACAAUUUGUGUUAUUUCUGAAUGUGUGUUUUCAGUGCUACAGUAAAGACUUAGUGCUAUACAUAUAUACUGGAGCUGUAACUGAGGCUUUACCAGCACAGACUCUCACAUGCUAGACUAACAGCACAGAGACUAUAUUUUUAUUGAAUGACUUUAUCUAGAGCUAUAUAUUUUUAUUGAGGCAUGAUAUCAUUUUAAUUAAAUAUUCAAGAGGGACCAUCUUAAAUUUGUGCUCUGUAAAUGUAUUUAAUCCUCCUUAAAUGAUGUCUGUCUGUUGUCACCUCCACUCAAAAAUAUGUUGUUCUUCUUGUUCCUACAGUAUGAUGUUUGAAUGAUGUAUAUGCAGAUUUUGACACUAGAAGGAUGUUUUCACAUCCAUCUGAUGAAAUAUCCAAUAGUCCAAUAUGCAGCUUAUGCAGUGUGACAUAGAAACUUGAAGCCACCAGUGCACAUCCACUGAGAAUGGACUUUACAAUGAAGUAGGAGACAUCUUGUGUCCAGCAGCAAAACUUUAGAAAUGAACAACAUUUGCAUAUUCAGAGAUUCUGGAAGUUUUAAUGAGGCAGAAGGAGUAUAAAGAAUCCUUUUAUUACAUUUUAUUACUAUUACUAUUGUUAUUAUUAUUAUUAUUAUUAUUAUUAUUAUUAUUAUUAUUAUUAUUAUUAUUAUUAUCAUUGUUAUUAUUAUGUUGCACUGGACACAGCAGGAUUGGCUUCCUUUUAGUGCCUUUUUGAACUAAGACUUACGGUCAACAUCUCAUCAGUUACAGAUGUAUUUUCUGGAUAGCUACACUUUCUGGUGAAAAGGGAAUGGGUAGAUGGAUAAUGCAUUGGAGAGUGACAAGAACAUUAAACUGAAAUCCAAUUUUUGGAUUUCUGUUUUGGUUGAUCCUCUGCUCCCCUUACAUUUCAACAGGAUCCUUAGACCCUACUGAGAUGGAGCAGAUAUUGAAUCUGUCUAUCAAAUCGAGUGAAAUGUUUCACACUGACUCACACCACCAAAAAAUAAUUUUUCACAAAGGAAAUGUAGCUUCUUUUAUUGCAUACAUACAUACGUCUGAAAUGAACUUGCACUGAUGACCUGAUAUUAUAAUUGUGGUUGGUUAGUGCCACCAGCAGAUCAAGUAGAAAACAUUCUUCUGGAAUAUUUCGGCUCUGAUCAGUGGAAAGAAAUAUAACAGUUUAGAGUGGAAACAGCGUUCCGACUUGAAUUAAGUUCUGGACAAAAAAAAGUCAGCUUAAAGUCCACAUGAAAUGGAAAUCAGAGUGAAUUCCUCAUAUUUAUAUUUAUAUUUAUGGAGGACUUUGUGAGGGUAGCAGUAACCAAUAGCACAUAAUGUUCCCCUCAGUCAUGCAGCUAUGGCAGCCCAAUUAGCUGACUCUCCCGGGACUGGCCGGUCCCGGUGAACAGUGCGGCCAGACGAGGACAGUUUGAUGACGGGGAAUAAAGUACUAAAGUGUGUCUUGGAUGUUUUUCUUUUCAGAUUUUCCUCUAAUCUUGAAUGAUUUUCCCUGAAUAACUUUAUUCUUUAAAACUCUAAAAUAUUAAAAUAACAUAAAACACUG